AUGCUUUUUAGAGGACCGAUCGCACGGGCCUGUGUGCGGCCAGCUUUUGCGCCCUCCACGGCAACUAGAGGAUUCCAGUCUGUGUACCAUGUGGAGAGCCCGAUCAUAGACGACUCCAAGCUCGAAAACCAGAUUUUGGGCCGGGCAUACAACAGGUUUGUCCCCGAGCACGGCUUCACGAGGCAGUCUGUGGACCUGGCCAUUGCGGACUUGCAGUUGAGGCCAGAGAACCUUGUCGGGCUGUUUGGGAUAGGACUGCAGGUGUCCGACGUGGUCAACGAGCUGAUCAUGUACCAUCUAAAGCACACUAGAGCCAAUUUAAGCAAGUACCACGACGAGGCCGGCCGGCUGGCCACUGAGGGUGCGAAAGUGCGGUUCUACAUGCAGAAGAGGCUGCUGGACAACGUGCCGAUUAUCAAGUAUUACCACCAGGCGCUUGGGCGCAUGAUUCUGCCCACAAACCUGGGCACCUUUCUGACAGAGCUGCAGAAUCUUUCGGACGAUAUCACCUACUACUCCGGCGACAAAUCGAACGAUUUUGCGUGGUAUUCCAAGAGGUUUGCUCUGGCAGGCGCGUUCGUGCAGUCAGAGCUGUUUAUGGUGGGCGACACCACGCCAGACCAUUCCGCUACUAUCGGUUUCAUGAACGAUAGAGUAUCCGACAUCGAGACCCUCGGAUAUGCGUACAAUUCGAUGGAGGAGUGGGCGAUUUUCAACGGAAUCAGUCUCGUCAAUCUUAUCAAGAGCCAGUUAGCGCGGGGGUGA